CUCAGUAAUUACCGAAUUAUUGUAAUGGGGACGUCUUUGAGUUUUGACACCUCUUUUUUGCAUUUUGUACGUGGGGUGACUCACAAGCAUCGAGAGCAUUCGAUGUUUGGUUGAAGAGAUGUAACUACCCUACAAAAAUUACUCGGUCGUGCAGCCUUGACCGCCGUGCCUGGGUAUAAAAUGUCGCUCGAGCGCCGGCAAUGCCAGUCCAACACUGGAGCGCACACGUAACAUGAAGCUCUUCUUGAUCGCCGCCCUGGCCGCCGUGGCCGCCGCCCAGCACGGCAACAGCUACGGACACGACGAGUACGACGCCAAAACGCCGUAUGCGUACGACUACGCCGUGCACGACCCGCACUACGGCGCCCAGUUCAACAAGAAGGAGACCAGUGACGGCGGCAACGUCGAGGGCUCCUACAGCGUCGUGCUGCCCGACGGCCGUACCCAGCACGUCAAGUACUACGCCGACCACUACGGCGGCUUCAACGCCGACGUGUCCUACGAGGGCUACGCCCAGUACCCGGAGCACCACGCGCCUGCCUACAAGCCUGCUCCUGCCUACAAGCCCGCUCCUGCUUACCACGAGCCCGCCUACAAGCCCACCUACAAGCCGGUCCAUAAGCCCGCCUAUACGCCUACCUACAAGGCCGCUCCGCUCUACAAGCCGGUCUAUUAGCAAGUCUAGUCUAUUAUAAAGUCAACAGAAUAAUUACAUUUAUGCAUACUAAAAUUUAGCACCGGCCAUGGUCGGCAUUGUCUGUACCUGAGCAGUGUAUCAGUUCGCUUACUUUGCCUUUGUACAUAUGUUAUGUGUAUGGUGUUAACUAUGUGUUAUGUAUGGAAGUCUUUGUCUAUGAUGUUAGAUGUCUAAAAUGUGUUUUGUCUUUCAUGUGCUUUUAUGUCUGUGGUUUGCGAAAUAAAUACUGAUGUCUUGAAA